AUGAAUGAUACAACAAAGAACGACGCUUGUGACGACAUCAACGAGGACAAAUCUGAGCUCCUGGAGACGUUUUUGAAGCUCGAGGAGCUGGACGUGGACUUUUACAGAUCGACCCAUCUUCUACGGGGCCGAAAGGAGAACAACCGAGUGUAUGGAGGCCAGGUUGUUGGCCAAGCACUAAUGGCGGCCCAUCGAACAAUCGACCACCACGAUUUCAAGGUUCACUCGUUGCACUGCAAUUUUCUGUAUGCUGCCGACGCUGAUCGUCCACUGUUGUAUCAAGUCACACGGAUUCGGGAUAGCCGCUCGUUUGCUACUCGACUAGUGCGAGCCCGACAGGGAGGGAAGGACAUUUUCAGCACUUCGAUUUCAUUUCAGAAAAUCGAGCCCGACUCAAUUACCCAUCAACAAGCUAUGCCUGACGUCCCACCUCCAGAAGAGUGCGAAAAUGCACAGGAUUUUUGGAAACGUAUGAUCCUGGAACCAGCCACCGUAUCCGAAGAGGGCAAACGCGCCGCAGAAGCGUAUCGAAAAGUUCUCGACUUCCCCGAAACUUUCUUGAUCAAAUUCAUCAACCCUAAAAUGUAUAUAGUCGACGCGCCGGCGGAUCGACCUAUGAAAUUUGCCUGUUGGGUGAAGAAUAAGGCCAUUAUUGGGGAAGAUGAGCACCUCCACCAUUGCAUCGCAGCCUUCAUCUCGGAUAUCGCGCCCAUUGGAACGCCGAUUGGCGCUCAUGCUGCGAAUAAUAAGUUUAGACUAGACCAUUCGAUGUGGAUCCACAGACACGAUUUUCGAAUUGAUGACGAUUGGGUACUGUAUGAGACGGAGUCUACUAUCGCUGCGGCUUCCCGUGCCCUGAUCCAUGGGAAAAUGUGGACUCGUGACGGUAGAAUGGUGCUGUCAUCUUCUCAGGAAAUUCUGGUGCGGGGCCAACGAGAUGAC